UCACUCUGGUUUCAAGAUCCCAAGCCGCUGCAAGCACUGCUGCUAAACGAAAUGCCACCCGGCAGAUCUCCUCUGUUUAUCCGCCUCAACCGGUGGUCUAAUGUCUUCCGGCAGAAGGAUUAGAUGCGUGCAAGAAAGAGCACGGAGGCGCAGGUGUGGGAUGGUGCGGGACGCGAGGAAGCAGUUUAAUUAACCCCCCAACUCACUGCAAGUGAGCUUGUCCCUGACUGGCCAAUCCCUCAAUUGCCGCACCGUGGCUGUUCACUUGAUGAGAGAUGGUUGAUGUGCUGGCACUCAUGCCCACCAUUCUUUCCAAGCUCUCUUUCAGCUCCAAGAGUCUUGGAAACGGGAUGGACGGCACGGGUGACCUUUUCCUAAAUCCGUCGCCUGAUGGCCAUCUUGAUAGGUUGCAUUGGAAAGCAAGGGUCAGCUUGCGCCCCUUGCAGACGUGGCACGCGAGGACGAGAAAAAUAUCAAUGGUGUGCGCGAGAUUCUGCGUUCUCUCAAGCUCCGAGAACCACUUUGCCACAGGAAAAAAUGCUAACCACCAAAGCAAGGGUGAGCAGGUGGGAAAGAAAGAAGACCGAAUCUCGCUAGAAUUAGCGGUGAGUGGAGGAAAGGAUGCAGAGGACGCUUCUCUCUCUCUAAUUCAUACGUGUUAUCGCCCCCUUUUUGCUUCCCUCUUUUUUUUUAAUCUUCUUUUUUUCCUUUCCCUUCCCGCACGUCAUUCAUUGCCCCGGUCUCUACUCCAUAAUUAUCAAAACUUCUCCACACUUUCACCCAAGUGCUGUUUGACCCGGCUGGAAGAAAGACAAGAGUGUCAAGAAGGUGAAACGAAACGCCACCAGCCAGCAACGGUGGCACAUGAUCGCAUGGAGCAAGGGUUCACGAAGACGCUAGAAGAGGUUCCUGGCCAUAAAGCAGUGGAGAAGCGGAUCCCUUGUUCGACAAAGUCUCGCUAGUCGAUCGCUCAAGCCACUUCGCGAUGGACGGCCUCUCCCGUGAUAAGCCAGCUCCACGCGGAAUGGGAGGUCAGAGUUGCAGCCAGACAGGCCGGAUAUCUCGCUGCAGGCAUAUGCAGAAUUUUCUUUUCUUUUUGCCUCUCGAGUGUGAUGAUCGCUAUCUGCAAGACACCCAAAUCUUUGUACCAUUCAAACCAAGCCGGGGGUGUUAGUGACAUGCACCUCACAGGUUAUUACCCACACUUAUCAAAAACGUGCCCAAGCAAGUGGGCAGUUUUCCCAAUUCUGCAUUGGAUGCGGCGGGCAUAAAGAGCACAUCGGCCGAUGUAAAACGCCUU